AUGUCAUAUUUGUGUGGACAGGUGAGCACUAAGCUUUUACUCAGCAUGACUUCAGACUCCGACCAACCACCAGCCCGAAGCGAGGUGAGGCCUCUGGUGAUGGGUGUGAUUCUGAGCGUCUCUUCUUGUUUCAUCGUCUCUACAAACCUGUUAGUGGCAGCCGCUCUACUCAAGCUUAUCCUGAAGAAGAGCAGCCAGAGCUGGUGCUUUGUCCUCAACUUGGCCCUGGCGGACACUCUGGUGGGUGUGGCCAUCACGGGUUUGGCCACUGAAGACUUAAACGGCAACAAUCUUUCUCAGAACCAAUGGGGCCACGUCGUCACCAAUCCUCCAGCAAACGCCACGCACCACGCUGAGGGGAAGUCGAGGUGUUUGAUGCGGAUGGCCUUCCUGUUGUCGCCCUGCACGGCGUCCAUCAUGUCCAUGUUCCUCAUCUCACUUGACCGUUACGCAGCCAUCAAGAUGCCACUACGGUACACCCGGCUGUCAGGGAAGGGGACAGCAGCCGGGUUCCUGCUGGCUCUGUGGAUCAGCGCCUUCACAUUGGGAUUUUUGCCAGUUAUGGUGCGGCAGCUGCAGACUGACGGCUACAGCGGCUUCUGUGCCUUCUUCUCAGUGAUUCACCAGGUGGGCAUGGUGGUGUUGAUCAGCGUCUGCUUCUUCCCCCUGUUCUCUGGGUUCGUUUACAUGUACCUGGACAUCCUGAAGAUCUCCUGCACCCACCAGAAGCAGAUCUUACAGAUACGGAAAGCCGGUUCCAGGACGGCCGAGCACGAUCGCCAUCGACAUCAAGAGCGUCAUCACCAGCAUCAGCAGAUGUGGAUGUGCUUAAUGGGCCACGUCAAGGCCUUGAGGACGGUCGCGGUGCUCGUUGGCUGCUUCUUUUUGCUCUGGUGCCCGUUCUUUGUGGCGUGCCUCGUGCACCUGCUGUGUAAAAGCUGCAAAGUUACUGACGUGUUGGAGAAUUAUCUGUGGCUCUUAGGACUGUCCAACUCUCUGAUCAACCCCCUGGUUUACGCCUACUGCCAAAAGGAUGUGCGGCUACAGCUAGCGGCCAUGUUUUCCUGCUUCACAGGAAGGUCAUGCGCAGCAGGACCACAACAUGUUACAGAAAGAUGUAACCCGCUGCCACCUGCUCUGACUGGAGCUGCUGUUUCUGGUGCUGAUAUCAUUGAUCCUUCACAAUUAAAGCCAAUCGUUACCAAUGAGAUGGUCCACACAGUUUAACUACAUCCGCCCGGAAAAGUCGUUGAAAAAACUGUGAAACCACAGAAACUGUAAGAAUGAAUAGCAAAUACUGACAGCACCAUUUUGCAUCAAUUGCCAACGCUUACUGCCAACACAAUCCAUCCCCAUUAAGAUAUAUGGAUACAGUGACUUUGACUUUCCUCUCCUUCUAUAUUUUCAAUAUUGUUAGAAGUCCUUUCUGUUGAUGUGAGCAAGAAAAGGCAGCAAAUGUAAUGGGCCCUCCACCUGUCCUGGGCCCUCCACCUGUCCUGGGCCCUCCACCUGUCCUGGGGCCUCUAAGGUAGAAACUUCAAGCAUAUAUUGAGGGAAAGCACUUAAUGAGACUGUCAUGAAGUAUGAGGAUAUGGAAUGGACUUUUGAAUGUAUGUACUUUCUUGUGUUUGUAAAAUGUUUGUAUAAAUGUGUGCGUAAAUUAUUCACACUGAAAUGGAUUCAUGAAGUGUCCAGUUUUCCAGCAAAGCAACAAACUAAUAUCAAGCAUUUUAAGUGUCUCUGUAACCAACCAUCUGUCUCUUUUGGGCUCAAUGAAACUGAAGCGCAGAGAUCACUCAAACAUCAUGGUACAGACUGUCAACAUGACAUUAUAAACUGUGUGCCUUUGCUUUAGGACCCACUUUAUUUUAUCUUGUUUUAUUACAUCUGUUAUAUUUCAUAGCUGGAUAAAUAUGCAGUCAUGGAAACUUCCUCGGCUGCUUUAAUCUUGAUAGAUGUCGCCCACUCUGUGUGUCAGCCGUCUGUUUCAACAGAGCUGUCAGGACCGUUGAUGUCAGAGGUUUCUAGGAGGGGUUAAAUAACUCACAUUAACUUGAGAGCGAUGUCCACAUUAAAGGGUCACUUCACCCGUUGA